AUGUUGGUUUUUCGGAAAAGAGAGAAAUUUAUUGGAGAUUUGGAGGCGAUUAAAUUGAUGGAGGAUGAGGAGAAAAGUCGGGUUUGGGAGAAAUUGAGAUUGAAGUUUGAAAAGCGGUUGAGGAAUUACAAGAAGGAAUUAAGGAAAUCAUCGAAAAAAACAAAUUAUUUGUUGAGAUCUCCUCGAGAAGUAAGACUUUCGGAUGAACAAGAUGAAAAAUUACAACAAUCCAAAUUCGCAGUAAAUCUCAAAAAAUUGAUAAGUUAUCAGAAAGUGUUGACAAUUUACGAUGCACUCCCUGAACAAUUCUUCGAACUUCUUCAAAACUAUCGACGAAAUCCGAUUGUUGCAAAAAGCCUUUAUCUUUUCGAUGGAACUUAUGAGACGCAUAUUCGACGGCAAAUGGAAAUGAUUCGAGAAAAUCCGGAGGGCGAUUUUGAUGCGUUUGAUUUCGAUGAAUCUAUGGAACAAUUCACCGUGGUGACGGAUGCGUGGAAAAAUAAGCAAUUGAUGCUCAGCGAAUACAGAACGUGUACUUGA